GGUCAGCAGAGCUGCUGAUAAGAGGGGUAUAAAGUGGGUUCUGCUUGUGGCAAGGGCAGUGGUCUCCUCUCACAGACAUGCUGCAGCUCCUGGUGUUCGUCUCCCUGGUCCUGUAUGGACACAGUACCCAGGACUUUCCAGAAACAAAUGCACGGGUGGUUGGAGGGACUGAGGCCCAGAGGAACUCUUGGCCAUCUCAGAUUUCCCUCCAGUACCUCUCUGGAGGAUCAUGGUACCAUACCUGUGGAGGGACCCUCAUCCGACGCAACUGGGUGAUGACAGCUGCUCAUUGUGUGGACAGCCAGAGGACUUUCCGUGUGGUUGUUGGAGAUCACAACCUGAGCCAGAAUGACGGCACCGAGCAGUACGUGAGUGUGCAGAAGAUUGUGGUGCACCCCAGUUGGAACACGAACAACGUGGCUGCAGGCUAUGACAUCGCCCUGCUGCGCUUGGCCCAGAGUGUCACACUCAACAGCUACAUCCAGUUGGGUGUUCUGCCCCAGGAGGGAACCAUCCUGGCUAACAACACUCCCUGCUACAUCACAGGCUGGGGGAGAACCAAAACCAACGGGCAGGUGUCUCAGACCCUGCAGCAGGCCUACCUGCCCAGUGUGGACUACUCCAUCUGCUCCAGUGCCUCUUACUGGGGCUCCACAGUGAAGAGGACCAUGGUGUGUGCUGGUGGAGACGGGAUUCGCUCAGGAUGCCAGGGUGAUUCUGGAGGCCCCCUCCACUGUUUGGUGAAUGGCAAGUACGCUGUCCACGGAGUGACCAGCUUUGUGUCCAGUCUGGGCUGUAACGUCUCCAAGAAGCCCACAGUUUUCACACGAGUCUCUGCUUACAUCUCCUGGAUGAAUAAUGUUCUGCAGAAGUUGGGGAAAACUGUAGAAACCAAAGAUGAACGAUUUGAACAAAGUGCCAGCAACUUCUACCAACAACAGGCAGAAGGCCACAAGCUGUACAAGGACCUGAAGAACUUCCUUAGUGCAGUCAAAGUGAUGCAUGAAAGUUCAAAGAGAGUGUCAGAGACCCUGCAGGAGGUUUACAGCAGUGACUGGGAUGGACACGAGGAGCUGAAGUCCAUCGCGGCGAACAAUGAUCUUCUUUGGGAAGACUACGAAGAGAAACUGGCCGACCAGGCUUUGAGGACCAUGGAAAACUAUGUGGCCCAGUUCAGUGAGGUGAAGGAGAGAAUUGCCAAGCGGGGCCGGAAACUGGUAGACUAUGAUAGUGCCCGACACCACCUGGAGGCCGUGCAGAAUGCUAAGAAGAAAGAUGAGGCUAAGACUGCCAAGGCAGAAGAAGAGUUCAGCAAAGCCCAGGGUGUGUUUGAAGAUCUGAACCAGGAGCUGCUGGAGGAGCUGCCCGUUCUCUAUAAUAGCCGAAUUGGCUGUUAUGUGACCGUCUUCCAAAACAUCUCUAACUUGAGAGAUGUAUUCUACAAAGAGAUGAGCAAGCUGAACCACAGUCUCUAUGAAGUGAUGAGCAAACUGGAGAAGCAGCAUUCCAACAAAGUCUUUGUGGUGAAGGGAAUGUCGAGCAGCAGCAGGCGCUCCUUAGUCAUCUCUCCCCCAGUUCGAACCUUGACAGCCUCUGGCCCUGUGACCUCACCUACCAGCCCCUCAGCUGUCUUUGUGACCAGUGAGAGUGAGUCUGUCUCCGCAACCAGAGAAGCGCUGACCUCUGACACAGCAGAUGGAGAGGAUAGCAGUGACAGCAAGGAGUCCUUACAAGAUGAGGGAGUGGAGGAAGGCCAGUCAGAAACAAGUUCUUCAGAGGAAGAAGAACCUCUACCGGCCUGGGACGGCCCCACCCAGGCCCCACCCUCGCCUGCACCCCAGGAGGAAGCUGCCCUUUGCUCCCCAGCUCGAUCCCUGGGCAGAGGUCAGACCCCAGGGGAGCAGCCUUCCCCACCAGAAGUUGUCCUCCGCACCCGCACCUCGAGUGAAGGAGCGGAGCAGACCAAAAAAGGAGCCUCUAUCCAGAGGGCGUCGGCACCCCCAAGUCGGCCUCCACCACCCAAAGCCCCUCCCAGCCCCAGGCUUGCCUCAGGCAGUGGGCCCAGUAGUUCUCCAGCCUUUGGAGAGGGUUCACCUCGCAGCCCCAGGGCCUCCUUCGAAGCCUCUUCCAAUCCAGACGCACCCGAGAAGCCCCUGAGAACCCCAGAGGCCUCAGAAAAGGAAAGCCCUGGCAGCCCAGGCCCAGAAGAGCUAUGCACCUCCUCCACUGUGAGCAUCUCCCAGGAUCAAGGCCCUGAACCUCACCUCUGUUCGGAUCCAGGAGGAAACACCAUCACAGUGCCCGAGUCUCAGGAAGAGGUAUUUACAAGUGAAAAUGCAGAACUCUGAAGAGAAACUGCCACAGCACUUAAUCCCAUCUACCCAGAGAAGCUUCUCUAAGAGGUCAAGGAUACAAGCCACACCCAUGCCACAUUCUCAGGCAGUUCGAAUACUUAGUCUCGGAGACCUGUCAUUGUUGGAGUCUGAGAAACAACCUUAGGGAAAAGGGUGUCACACUCAGGGAACAUGUUACUCAAGGUUUGAGCAUUAAUAAAGCCAGGGCUGUAAUAAUGCUAACACAAAAGCAUCUGUGGGCAUGUCCACACACUCUCAGAGGACAUAUGUCCAACUAUCCACUCACUUGGCAGAAACUCAAAGCUGAAAGAUUUUCAGAUUACUAAAUAAAGUGUGAUUUUGACUAA